AGCCCAGCCGUAGCCGUUCAUGGCGCGGAUUCAUUACUGCGUGACUGUCGUGGGAAAUCUAGUUUAUAAAAGAAAUUUAUUUCAUUUUUACGCAAAAAUGACCUCACCAGCAAAGAAACCUAAACUUACAGAUGUCGCGGCCUCUAACAGCGCCGAGUCCAACUCAAGUGUAGAAGAGUUUAUGAAAAAAUUACAACAGACACGAGAGGAUACCGCGGAAUCAAUUUUAAAGUUCAAAUUUAAUAAAAAUCGUGUAAGAAUCGUAUCUCAAGAGCAAAUGGUGCCCGAUAGUUGUGAGGGUAUCGUAUAUUGGAUGUCUAGAGACAGCAGGGUACAAGAUAAUUGGGCUUUUCUUUUCGCACAAAAACUUGCAUUGAAGAAUAAAGUACCGCUGCAUGUGUGCUUUUGUAUUAUCGCCAAGUAUUUGGACGCUUCUGUGAGACAGUUUCAUUUUUUAUUGAAAGGACUAGAAAAAGUGGCCGCGGAUUGUAAAAAGCUGAACAUAUCCUUCCAUCUACUGGAAGGCAGCGGAGCAGAGGCGCUGCCAGAGUGGAUCGUAGAGCACAAUAUUGGAGCUGUGGUGUGUGACUUCAAUCCUUUGAGAACCCCUAUGAGUUGGCUGGAGGGUCUAAAGGAGAAACUUAAGAAAGAUGUGCCAUUGAUUCAGGUAGAUGCCCACAACAUAGUCCCAUGUUGGGUGGCGUCAGACAAGCAGGAGUACUCAGCUAGAACAAUCCGGAACAAAAUCAACUCAAAACUUGCAGAAUAUCUCACGGAGUUUCCACCAGUCAUCAAGCAUCCUUAUAUCAGCACGUUUGAGCCUGAGCCAAUAGAUUGGGACAAAGCCAUAGAAACUAGAGAGGCAGACAAGACAGUAGGUCCAGUGGAUUGGGCCAAACCGGGCUAUGAUGAAGCUGUGAAAAUGCUAAAAAGUUUCAUUGAGAAGAGACUUAAAAUAUUUGCUACUAAAAGGAACGAUCCUACACAGGAUGCUUUGAGCAAUUUGUCGCCUUGGUUUCAUUUUGGACAAAUCUCAGUACAGCGGGUGGCCCUUUGCGUGCAGGAAUACAAAUCUAAACACACAGAGAGCGUGAACGCGUUCCUCGAAGAAGCGAUCGUGAGGCGCGAGUUAGCCGAUAACUUUUGCUUCUACUGUGAAUUCUAUGACAGCUUGAAAGGUGCUAGCGAUUGGGCUAAGAAGACUUUGGAUACCCAUAGAAAAGACAAACGCACUCAUAUCUACACGCUAGACCAGCUAUCAAAAGCCGAAACACACGACGACCUUUGGAACUCUGCUCAAAUACAACUGGUGAAAGAAGGAAAGAUGCACGGAUUUUUACGAAUGUACUGGUGUAAAAAGAUCUUAGAAUGGACGGAGAGUCCGGAGGAUGCACUGAAAUAUGCCAUUUAUUUAAAUGACCAUUAUAGUAUUGAUGGGAGAGACCCCAAUGGAUAUGUUGGCUGCAUGUGGUCAAUAUGCGGGAUCCACGAUCAAGGCUGGGCGGAACGCGCGGUGUUCGGCAAAAUACGAUAUAUGAACUACGAAGGAUGCAAACGCAAGUUUGAUAUUAAGACAUUCAUCGCCCGAUACGGAGGAAAGGUUCAUAAGUAUACGCCUAAGAAGUAAGAAUUGUGGUAUAUACGUUGUGUACCUUAUUAAAAGUACAAAUUGAAAAAUCCCCCUAUUUUCACAGACUUACCGCUUAAGUGAGCUAUCUCAGGAACCGAUUCUGUUAAGCGGUAGGCCUGUAAUUUGCUCUUAGGUUUAUAAGCAUGAAAACAGUUCAAUUUAUAUUUUUUUUACUUAUAAGGAUACGGAAUUGAAGCGAAUUAGGGUUGUUGCAAAUAUCAGCAUCCACAUACACGUCUGCGGAUUUUAAAAUAAAAAUGCUGAAAUUAAAAUAUCCGCAUCAGCCUCCGCAUUGAUCGAUGCCGGUAUUCAAUGCGGAUAUUCGCUUCGUGACAUUACCUAAAAGGUUACCGCAGUCUAAAAUAAUUUACAAACCAUCCAGAAACAGUCGUUGUUACCUUUGAUACUAUUGCAGUAUGAUUAAACUAAGUAGAU